AUGAAGUCCAACACUCUCCUUCCCAUUCUGGGCCUGUCGGGCAGUGCUCUGGGUGCCGUUGUUGCCCGGAACGCCCAGGAGCCCUUUGGCUACAAGUCGGGCUCCAAGGAGUCCAUUGCCAACCUGAAGGACAAGAUUGAGAAUGUUGUUUGGAUCCUGCUGGAAAACCGUGCAUUCGACAACGUCCUGGGUGGUGUUCACAAGGAGGGCCUGGACAAUGUUGUCAACAAUGGUCCCUUCUGGAACCCUCAGCUGGUGAAUGAGACCGAUAGCAAGAAGUGGUACAAUGUCUACAAGGAUUUUGACUCGGUCCUUCAUGACCCUGACCACUCUGUUACGGGUAACAACUUUGAGUUCUACGGAACUUAUAACCCGGACAACAAGGCUAUUUCCAAUGGCUCUCUGAAGCCCGACCUGAAGGGCUUUGUUGAGCACCAGAUGGCCUCCUACCCCUCCAUCUCGGCCAAGCUUGCCACCGAGGAGGUCAUGGGAUACUAUUCCGAGAGCGAGAUCCCGACUCUCGUGGACCUAGUUGACGAGUUCACCACCUUCAACUACUGGCACUCGUGUAUUCCCGGCCCCACCAACCCGAACCGUCUCUGCGCUGUCGCCGGUACAUCCGACGGCCAUGGCUCAAACGACGAGAGCUUCGAUGUAUCCGGCAUCGACACCACCAGUAUCUUCGAGGUCGCUUCGAAGAAGGGCAUCUCGUGGCUGAACUACGACGGCACCAACGGCGACUUCCUGCCCGAUGCCCUGUUCUUCAACUGGACCGCGCAGAACGCCAAGGACAACGUUGUCCCUCUGGAGAACUUCUACCAGGAUGCCUACCUGGGCCUCCUCCCCCAGCUCUCCUACAUCAACCCAUCCUGCUGCGGCCUGAACACCAACUCCAUGCACCCGUCCGGCAACGUCUCCUUCGGCCAGGUUCUCGUUAAGCAAGUCUACGAGUCCAUCCGUGCCGGCCCCCAGUGGGACAAGACCCUCCUUCUCCUCACCUUUGAUGAGUCUGGUGGAUUCUUCGACCACGUUGCUCCCCCUCUUGCUGUCCGUCCUGACGACAAGACGUACACCGAGACCGCUCCCGAUGGAACCAACUAUACUCUGACCUUCGACCGUCUUGGUGGCCGUAUCUCUACCUGGUUGAUCUCUCCCUAUGCUCCCCAGGGCCAUAUUGAGAACUACGGUGUUGACCCCGUUACUGGCCAAUCUCAGUCUUACAGUGCGACUUCGGUCCUGAAGACUCUGGGUUAUCUGUGGGAUCUUGAGGACUUGACUCCUCGUGUCGCGCACUCUCCUGCCUUUGAUCACUUGAUUGGUCCUAACGCUCGUUCUUCGGCUCCUGAGACUUUGGCUGUUCCUAAGCCAUUCCCUGAUGCCGUUUAA